UAUUAAUUAUCUACAACACCCUUCCUUUCUGACCUUUAGUUUCUUGUCUUGUCCCCCUUAACCAUGGCAAGAGCUUUGGAGCCGCUAAUUGUUGGCAGGGUGAUAGGAGAAGUCCUGGACUCCUUCAACCCCAGCGUGAAGAUGGUGGUAACCUACAACUUUAACAAGCUGGUCUGCAAUGGCCAUGAGUUCUAUCCUUCUGCAGUCACUUCCAAGCCGAGGGUUGAGGUCCAAGGGGAUGACAUGAGGUCUUUCUUCACACUGGUCAUGACAGACCCAGACGUUCCUGGCCCUAGCGAUCCUUACCUGAGGGAACACCUUCACUGGAUUGUGAGUGAUAUUCCGGGCACCACUGAUGCUUCUUUUGGAAGGGAGGUGGUGAGCUACGAAAGCCCGAGGCCCAGCAUAGGCAUCCAUCGCUUCGUGUUCGUUCUCUUCAAGCAGAAGCGAAGGCAGGUCGUUACCCCGCCGGCCUCCCGGGAUAACUUCAGCACCCGCCGCUUCGCGGAGGAGAACGACCUCGGCCUCCCUGUUGCCGCCGUCUAUUUCAAUGCACAGAGAGAGACCGCUGCCCGGAGGCGCUGAACUGCCUGAGACUAGCUACCUCUUUGAUCCAUCUCUCUCAACGUCCGAAUCAGAUUAAUUCUCGGUUGAGCUUCCUUUCUUCACGCAGAAUAAUAUUUAAGAUCAAGCCAUUAGGUUCUUUUUCUUCCGUUUCCAAAGUCUAGCUAGUGUGAUGGAGAACUAUGUUUACGUUGACUGGGAGCAGUGCAUGUGUUAGAAUCCUGCUGUGUUCCGAAAUGGGACGUGUCGAUUGGAAAAUGGCCGAGAGGCCUACGAAUCUCGGUGGCCACCCAUGGCUUUGUGCUGUUCUUACUAUUGCCCGCUUAAUUUGACUGUUGGUGCUGUUGGUUUUACUCUUUUCUAGUGUACUUGCGCUGUUUGCUAUCAUAUGAUAAGAUUUGCGUGCCACCUCCGUCUACCUUCUAAC